AUGUUUGGAUCUUUCUUCAAGGUAGGCUUGGCCAAGCAGCCAGCAUUCACAUCCAUGAUGCAAGUCAGACACAAGAUGAAGUCGCAUAAGGGAUCUGUCAAGCGUUUUAUCUUGACUGGUACUGGUAUCAAGAGAAAGAGAGCCAGUAGAAACCACGGUAAUGGUGGAUGGGGACCAAGAUCCUUGUCUGCCUUAGACGGUUUCACCAAGGUCACCACCAAGGGUGGACAUCUUGCCAAGUUGGUGAAGAAGACUUUGGCCACUCGUUAA